UUUCUGGGGCAGCCAGUCCCCAUGGCCUUCUCGUUCGGUGCCACCGCUACGGCGCCUGCCGCCUCCUCCGGCUUCAGCUUUGGCGCUGCGCCAGUCACCCCGGCCGCUUCCUCGGGCCUAAGCUUUGGUGCGCCGCCAGCGGCCUCCAGCGGCUUUAGCUUCGGUGCCGCCCCCGCCACCUCCAGUGGCUUUAACUUCAGCAGUACACCGGCUGCGCCGGCGGCACCUAGUAGCUUUAGCUUUGGUGCGAAACCUGCGUCGACUCCCUCCACAGGCUUCAGCUUCGGAGCAUCAGCCGCUCCAGUGUCUACUGCCCCCAGUCUCUUUGGCUCAGCAGGGACGGCCACAGCGACUCCUGCACCAACAGGAUUCGGCUUCGGGGGCUUCGGAACGCAACAGCCAGCGGCAGUAGGAGGCUUCGGAGGCUUUGGCUCAGCACAACCAGCAGCUGCAACUCAACCAGCCGGUCCUUCGGUCACAUUGGAGACAGCAUUUGAGGCGCUACCGGACGACGUGAAGAAGAACAUGACGCAGUUUCACGCCUUCCUUAAGGAGCAGGACCAGUCGGACGCUUUCCUUAAGACAGUGUCGCCUCGUCAGAUGGAGGUGCUACGUGAGAAUAUGGCCAGCAACGGUGGCACACCCAACAUGUACCACGUCAUGCGCCGCGUGGAGAUGCCGUCGCCCUAUUAUUGGGAAUUACUGGACCAUUACGAGCAGAAGAUGGCGGCGAUCAAGGCCCAGAUUGAAGACGUGGAGGCGCAAUUCAAGCCUCUGUACGACGGACGCACUAACAGCAACGCAGCUGGAGUUGGAGCCCCCGCGCCUGCCCAAUUGCAGCAGAUUUUACUCGCUCAGAACGUUGCUCUCAUGCAGGCUGCAGCUCGCGUGGCUGAAGUACACGAAAAGGCUGAGGAGAUGCGGCAAUUGUUUCUGUCUAAGAUGCGGGAAGAUCUGGCUCGGCACGGCGAGAAGAAUCCGGCAGCGUUCCAGAACCCGUUCGACAAGCGCAAGAAGAGCAGCGAGGCGGACAAACGCCAGGCUAUCGACAAGAUCCGCUUCCGCACUAGCGUCGCGCCCACCAUCGUGACUCCGCAGCCAGCUGCGGCUGCUCCUGCCGCGACAGGAUUUGGCUUCGGAACGGCAGCACCAGCAGCGACUGCUGCUCCUGCUAGCGGCUUCAGUUUCGCGUCACUGCUGCACCGUUAG